GUGGAUGGCAGCUGCGUAUAGUACAGGAUAAGGAUCACGUACAUGGUGUUACGUUGUCGUCCAUUCAAACAUAUUAAAAUAGCUUUAGUUUUCAUUAUUAGUCGAUAGUCAUCAAUAUCGAUUAUGGAGAACAGCAAUAAUAUCUCAGAGGAAAAGAAAUGGUGGGGAGACAAACAUUUAGAGCAGAUCAAUGGGUUCUGGUUCAUGCCUUUUUUUGCCCCCAAAAUUCGCCGAGUGCUAGCCGAGUUUAACCCACGUCCCAGCGACGUAAUCUUGAGUUCGUUUCCCAAAACGGGCACCACAUGGCUCAAAUCUCUUCUUUACUCCAUCAUCAAUCGCUCCUCUCUUGAUUUUCUGGUCAACAACAACCCCCACGACCUCGUGCCUUUCCUAGAAGCUCAAGUCUAUGGAGACAAAGAAUCAUCAGCUCACAUGUCGUCCGAGGAUACCACCAGUACUAGGCUUUUCAGUACCCAUAUCCCUUACCAACUGCUUGGCAAAACCUUGGAAUCCUCGGGCUGUCGUGUGGUUUAUGUUGCCAGGAACCCAAAGGACACCUUAACUUCUCUCUGGCAUUUCACCAAUAAGUGGAAGAUGGCCGACGAAGGGACAUGGGAGUUGGAAGAAGCCGUGGAGAAAUUUCUGAGUGGGACUGUUCCUGUCGGACCUUACUAUGAGCAUGUAUUGAGGUACAGAAUGGCUAGUUUGAAUAACCCUAGUAAAUUCUUCUUUAUUACUUAUGAAGAGUUAAAGGAUGAUACGAAAACUCACGUCAAAAGAUUGGCCGAGUUUUUAGGUUGUCCUUUUGACGACGAUAAGGAAGUGGAGGAGAUAGUUAAGUGUUGUAGCAUUGAGGUUUUGAAGAAUCAUGAGGUGAACAAGUCUGAGGAUUGUCCUGUUUGGUUUUCAACUCCUUAUAAUUCAUUUUUUAGACAAGCAAAGGUGGGUGACCAUACAAAUUACUUGAGUGAUGAGGUUAUCAAAAGAAUUGAUGCAGUUACUAAGGAGAAAUUUCACAAAUCUGGAUUUGUUUAUGGGAUUUAGUGUCUUUAAUUGAAUAGGUUUGUAAGAUUUAAGAGCACUGUUAAAUUUCAAAAUGUAUGUUUGCAUUUCAAGAUUAUAUUGCACUUAAUAUUGUAUUUGUAUUGUGCUUUAAUUCGAUCUUCUUCAAUUCAUGCUGCUUUUUUUCAUCAA